UUUUAAAAAUAGUUGAUAAUUUAUUUAGCGUAGUCAUAAUUGUACCAUAAUAACAAUUAAUUUCUAGAUUUCUAGCAACUGGUGACUCAAUGUCAACGAUGUCGUAUCGGUAUUUAGUUGGGUUAACAACAACAGCAAAUAUAAUUGUCGAAACUUGUCAAGCUCUAUGGAGUUGUCUCAAAGAAAAAGUAUUACCGUAUCCUUUGACUAAAUCUCAUUGGCUGAAAAUUGCUGAUGAAUUCGAAAAGCAAUGGCAAUUUCCACAUUGCAUUGGAGCUAUCGAUGGGAAACAUAUACACAUACAGUGUCCUGAUAAUGCAGGCUCUUCAUAUUAUAAUUAUAAAAAUAGUCACAGCAUUGUAUUGAUGGCAGUUUGUGAUGCUAAUUAUUUGUUUACUCUCGUUGACAUUGGUGCUUAUGGUAGAAGAAGUGAUGGAGGGAUUUUCUGGAGCUCAGCAAUGGGUCAAAAGUUUGAGAAUAGUGACAUGAACAUACCAAAACCAGACUUGCUAACUGUAGAUGGAAUACCUCUACCAUAUGUUCUUGUGGGAGACGAGGCAUUUCAAUUGACAAACUAUUUACUUCGACCAUAUCCUGGUAGAAGUGGUUUGAAUAAAGAAAUAAGUAUAUAUAAUUAUCGUCUCAGUCGAGCACGCAGAACUAUUGAAAAUUCAUUCGGGAUCAUAGUGAGUUUAUGGAGGAUUCUAAAAAAACCAAUUGAUGCUACAGUUGAGAAUACAAUCGAUAUGAUUCAAGAAAUCAUAUGUUUGCAUAAUUGGCUUCGCAAGCAUGACAAAGAUGAUGUUUACAACCCACCUAACUUAGUAAUUGAUCAAGAACGCCCUGAUGGUAUCAUUUCUAGAGAUUUGAGGCAUGAAGUUAACGAUUCUGUUCUCGAAGACACAACAGCUUAUGGCAAUAAUUUCAGUAGCAGAUCUGCAGUGACUGUUCGAGAUGAAUUUUGUGAAUACUUUAAUGCCGAAGGGGCUGUUCCCUGGCAAUAUAAUCGUAAAGUAUAAAUUGUAAACAUUUUUUUUUAAUACGGUCAAUAAUUUAUUAAAAUCGGCUUGUAUUUAAAUUUUAAAUAUAUUGUAAACGGUUAAAUUUGUAAUUAUUAUUUUUCA